CCCGAGUGGAGAAGCAACCACAGAAAAUCGCUCGAGGGGCUUUCUGGAUAUGAAGCUCUGGAGUAGUGGAAGUGAUUAGGGCUGGAGUUGGGCUGUAUGUUAGGAGUGGAUUUUAGUGGGAGUUUGGUUGGUUGGGUUGGGUUUAGUUGGUACUACUACUAGUAGGGGGGGCAGUCUGGCUCUGAGCCGAGCGUGAUCUCCAGGCCUAAUUCACAGCCUCCGCCGGCUGCUCUUCUCCUACUUCCCCCAAAAAAAAGCCCCGCGCGCGCUGGCUGAUUUAAGCUCACCCCCACCAACAAAACAUCCUCCUCCCCCCCACCAGCACAACAACACCCUCCACCCACAACUCAACUACUCAAAACCUCAGCUACUCAACCUCCAGCUUCCACCUCGGUCUUCCAGCUGAGCACACUUCCCAACACAUAUAAACAUACACAAUCCUCACUCUCAGAAGGACCUAACUCACUCAAUCUAAAUCUAUCAUCAUCAUGACCACCAAGAGGACGAAUACCUCUGCCUCAGUCAACGCCGAGCAAAAGCGAAGAGAUAUCGAGAAAUAUCAUGAACAGAUUUUCUACUCAGCCCGGUAUUCGGACGAUUUUUGGGAGUAUCGACACGUGAUUUUGCCCAAACAGCUGGUCAAAUAUCUACCGACCGAUCGAUUGGCUCUUGAAGAAGAAUGGCGCGGAUUGGGCAUCCGUCAAAGUCCCGGAUGGGAGCAUUACAUGCGUCACGCACCUGAACCUCACGUCUUGUUAUUCAAGAGAGAAAAAGACUAUCAGACAAAAUACCCAUCUUAGAUACUCCAAUGGAUAAGUGCCCUACUUGGUCCGAAGUUUUGUUCUGCUUCUUCCUCUAAGGUCUUUCUGAUAUAUACACACAUAUCAUAUGUAUGUAUACAUAUUCUCGAUUGUUGUUGUCGAUUACGUAGUCUUAAAUGUUUUAUAUACAGAUUCCCACAUGGUAUUUGAAUCCCCCCCCCCCCUUUUCUAAGCCAUGCCCCUUAAGGACCACAAGAUAGGCACUUGAUACAUACUCCUUUUAUGAUUUCCCAAUUAAAACGCCCCUCUCACUAUCUGAGGGAGCUUUUCGAGAAGCUCGAAUUCCGCGCUUCUCGUCACUCUCAAAAAAAUUACAAUUAUAAAACCUCGUUUCUUUUCAUGCUUCCUUAUCCUCCCGCUUUUUUUUUUUGUACCUUGCCCUUCGUGCUGAUCGGAACCCUAUGACCCACCAACAAAAAUAAACUAAAAAUUAAAGGCCUCAAAACAUAAAAUAUCAAACUCGAUCAGUCCUAGAGCUCUUCUCCUUAUUUUCAUUAUCAGAUUAUCCCCACUCACCCUUCCAUUCAAUCUUGUACUUUACUUACUACUACUUGAAAAAAAAAAAAACACAAAAAAAUUCACAUAAACAC